AUGAACGACUUUGAUGAGUGCGGCCCGAGCGCAGCCAGCAUGUACCUGCCGGGCUGCGCCUACUACGUGGCCCCGUCGGACUUCGCCAGCAAGCCGUCGUUCCUUUCGCAGCCGUCCUCCUGCCAGAUGACUUUCCCUUACUCGUCCAACCUGGCGCCGCACGUCCAGCCCGUGCGGGAGGUGGCCUUUCGCGACUACGGCCUGGAGCGCGCCAAGUGGCCAUACCGAGGCGGCGGCGGUGGCGGCGCGGGGGGCGGCGGCGGGGGCGGCCCCGGCGGGGGCGGCGGUGGCUCCGGGGGAUACGCUCCCUACUACGCCGCAGCGGCGGCGGCAGCGGCGGCGGCAGCAGCGGCCGAGGAAGCGGCCAUGCAGCGGGAUCUGCUCCCGCCAGGCGGCCGCCGGCCAGACGUGCUUUUCAAGGCUCCCGAGCCGGUGUGUGGCGCUCCCGGGCCGCCGCACGGUCCCGCGACAGCCGCCUCCAACUUCUACAGCGCCGUGGGUCGCAACGGCAUCCUGCCCCAGGGCUUUGAUCAGUUCUACGAGGCGGCGCCAGGUCCCCCCUUCGCCGGCCCGCAGCCCCAGCCUGCGCCCGCGCCGCCACAGCCCGAGGGCGCUGCUGACAAGGGCGACCCCAAGGCCGGGGCUGGUGGUGGCGGGGGCAGUCCCUGCACCAAGGCGACUCCCGGUCCGGAGCCUAAGGGGGCCGCUGAAGGCGGCGGUGGCGAAGUCGAGGGCCCCCCGGGGGAGGCGGGGGCCGAGAAGAGCGGCGGCACAGUGGCUCCCCAGAGGUCCCGGAAAAAGCGCUGUCCCUACACCAAGUACCAGAUUCGCGAACUGGAACGCGAGUUUUUCUUUAAUGUAUACAUAAACAAAGAGAAAAGACUCCAACUCUCUCGGAUGCUCAACCUCACUGACCGGCAAGUCAAAAUCUGGUUCCAGAAUCGCAGGAUGAAAGAAAAGAAACUUAAUAGAGACCGUCUGCAGUAUUUCACUGGAAACCCCUUAUUUUGA